AUGUCUACUGCAAUUCAAACCGUCGGAGGGAAGCAGAUAAUUCAACUUGGUAGUCGUCUCGUAGUUGGUAUUAGAGUACAAGGAACAAUCGGGCACUCCACCCCUAGUAGGCCAAAUCAUAUUAAACCACGUCCUUAUUUACACUAUCUGGUGGAAACCCUCAAACAUCUGCGUUGUGAUGUAACACUCCUUUUCAACGCCGUCGGAUCCUCUAAUGAGGAUAGCUAUAUCAAGCAAUUUUCACAGCGUCACUUUUCCCUGCCCUUCCGUUAUGUAUUUGAUGAGGGAUUUCCCCACUUCCCGAUGACGGACCGACGUCUGCAGCGCAACGCACGAAACUACUCUGAUUACUUUCGAUGUGUGUGCGAAGAGAUACAAGCAGACCCCACACGUGUGCUAUUUAUCGAUUCCGAGAUCAACUACCGCUAUCCAACACCACAGGUGCUCAUCUUGGAGCGUUUUGAGCCUCUAAAAAAGCGACAGCAGCGUGAGCGCGCGAGUACCCUGCCGGCGCAUAGCGAUCUGCUCUCCACCUCGCAGCAGCGGCGCCGUGAUGUGUAUCAAUCUGGCAUAAAUCUCAAGAUAUCAGAUAUCGAGCGUAAAACAGCAGCGCUGCAGAAUGAAAAAAACCAAAAUCGGAAAAGUGACGGCGAUGAUUAUGAUGAGCGCACGAUGCACUUUAGUAAAGGGGGGUUCUCUACACAGUGUGAUGCGCACGCACAGUCCGCGGUGAACCCUGGCCGUAACGCAGCCCCUCAUAUUUCUUCCCCCUCCUCGAUCGAAAAUGGCGAGAUUGAUAGCGAAAUAGGCGUGUUAGGGCGUCGUAUGAUGUCCAGAAUAGCUACCGACGCGCAGAGGGUGAAGCAAAUGAUAAAAUCCAAAACCCCACUCGCGAUUGACAGCGUGGAUCUCGAUUUGAAAUUUCGACCAGAGGUGAAUUCAUCCAGUGGAGAGGGGGCGAGCUUCCCAAACGCCGGAAAUGCGAUCAACAACGAAGAAAAGGCAGCAUCGUCGGACGUUCCCAUCGCGACGAGUCUUGCAAUUAACAAAGAGGAUUUUACACUGGUAGCGCUGGCGGAGAUUAUUGCGGAGCUUGCCGCCUCCGAGGGGAACGUGAGUGAUUACCUGAAUACAGAGGUGCUAGUGGAGAAGAUUAAGGUGCCCUCUCACGGUGUAAUCAACUAUUUACCAAUCGAGAACUGCGAUUAUAUCAACAUGCUGGAUUGGGAGCACGUUCGAGUGGAGGAGAAGAGGCGAAACGACGCGAGCGUAAUCCCUGAAGUCCAAGAACGCGAGGAGCACAAGGAUUUAUUCAAGUGA